AUUACACGUCAUAAUAACAGAAAGAAAAUGGCAGAUUCCCGUGUUGAUGACUAAGGAAUCCCAGUUUUGUUGAUAUGAGUAAGUGGGCGACGGUUCAGGAACUCUAUAAGAACCGUUUGUGCUAAAAUUUAAUUUAGUCAACCUGCGUGCCGCUUAUCUCAAACAGUGAUUUCAGGUGAUAGUGAUUUUCCCGACAAACCAACUCAAAAUGCCUGGACCAUCUAGACCACUUUGGCAGGUUGCCGGUAAACGUGACUUGGAACAAGAACAAGAAGCCCAACACUGGAUUGAAAGUGUUAUUCAAGAACGUUUUCCACCAAUUCCAUACGAAAUGGCACUUCGUGAUGGUAUAAUUCUUUGCAAACUUAUGAAUCGCUUGGCACCCGGCAUCAUUUCCAAAAUUAACACAUCCGGUGGAGAUUACAAAAUGAUGGACAAUCUCAGCCAAUUCCAAAAAGCCUGCGUCAAAUAUGGUGUUCCCGACGUAGAUUUGUUCCAAACCACUGAUCUGUGGGACCAAAAGAACAUCGCUCUGGUGACCCAAACCAUUUUCGCCAUCGGACGUACAGCGUACAGACACCCAGAAUGGAGGGGACCAUGGUUGGGACCAAGACCAUCAGAAGAGAACCGCCGUGACUUCAGCGAAGCCCAAUUGAGAGCCAGCGAGGGUAUCAUUGGCCUUCAAGCUGGACAAAAUAAGGGGGCUACACAGGCCGGACAAAACUUUGGAGCAUCCAGAAAAAUUAUCUUAGGAAAAUAAAAAAGUUUUUCAUAACUAAAUUAAUGUAUAAUUAAUAGUUUUAUAUAAAAAUGUGUAUUUUGUAAUUUAUUCUACAUAUAGGUUAUUCUUUAUAGGUUCCUGGAUUUAAAAUUUAUUAACCAAAUAUAGUUGUCAUGAAUAAUAAUUGUUUUAUUGUAUCUUGUGCAAAUUAAAUAAUUAAAACAAAA